AUGGCGGCCAACGCUUCCCACAACGCAUUAACAACUAUCGAAAAACUAGAAGGUAUUUCAAAUUGGAUUUCUUGGAAAUUUGCAAUUAAAAUGCUAUUAAAUUUGGACGGAUUGUACAAUUGUCUCGAGGGAACCGAUACCGACCCUACUCGUGAUGCACGUGCGCUUGCUCGCAUCUGCUUAUCGAUUCAACCUAACCUAUAUCAACUAGUCCGUGAUGCAAAGACUGCAUCUGAUGCUUGGAAGCGAUUAUCUGACACUUUCGAAGACAAAGGUCUGUACAGAAGAGUACUAUUGCUUCGACAAUUACACCGUAUAGAAUUUAAUAAUUUUUCAAGCAUGUCAGACUAUAUUGAAGGCGUCAUGAAGUUGGUUGCACAACUCUCUGACAUUGGAAAGGUUAUAGAUGAUGCAGAAAUUGCCGAGAUUUUGUUGUCGGGUCUACCUGAAGACUUUAAUGUACUAGUUUCAAGCCUGGAGACUGCGAGCUUGACGAAGACACUCUCAAGUGAAGUUGUUCGCACUCGCUUACUCCAAGAAGAUCAUAGGCGCAAUAACAAUGGGAAUACUUCAGAGAAUUUAGCUUAUGCAGCUAACAACAAAAGAAGAUUUAAGAAUCUAGUCUGUACAUAUUGCAGAAAGAGCAACCAUACUAUUAAACAAUGUUUUAAGAGAAAAACG